AUGGCGCAAACGACAGGGAGAGUCGCUCAACCGGACGUAGAGAAAGUCGCCAUUCUCGGUUCGGAAUCUAUUAUUCUCGGAUUUCAUCUCACCGACUAUAUUCUGCGCGAUGUCUUGACCAACAUUCCCGCUUCCAAUUAUGUCCUCAUUACCGACUCCAACUUGGCACCCAUUUACUUGCCCACCUACGAAGAACGUUUCAACGCUAUCAGCAGCGAAAUUGCCGCCGAAAAGGGUCAGAAAGAACCUCGUCUGUUUGUUCGCGUUCUCGCUCCCGGCGAAACGUCAAAGUCCAGAAAGACAAAAGACGAUAUCGAGGAUUGGCUUCUUUCCAACGCCGUCACCCGCGAUACAUGUUUCUUGGCCAUGGGCGGUGGCGUGAUUGGUGAUCUCAUUGGAUUUGUGGCUGCUACAUUCAUGCGCGGUGUUCCUGUUGUCCAGAUCCCUACGACCCUGUUGGCAAUGGUCGAUUCUUCCAUUGGUGGAAAGACGGCCAUCGAUACACCCGCCGGAAAAAAUCUGAUCGGUGCAUUCUGGCAACCGAAGCGCAUUUUCAUGGAUCUCAACUUUUUACGCACUUUACCCGAACGCGAAUUCUCCAACGGCAUGGCGGAAGUCAUCAAGACCGCGGCUAUCUGGAAUGAAUCGGACUUUGUGAAACUUGAAAACGGGGUGGAAGCCAUACGACAUGCUGUGUUACAGGGCAAUGCUUCUGCUCUUGCAGGUGCUACUCUGGACACGCGAACGGAAGCGCAGUCCUUGCUUUUGGAUGUUAUUCUUGCCUCGGCUAAAGUCAAGGCGUACGUCGUGACGCAUGAUGAAAGAGAGGGAGGUUUACGUGGUUUGCUCAAUUUUGGUCACUCUAUCGGCCACGGUAUCGAAGCCAUCGUGUCACCCCUGAUGCUUCAUGGAGAAUGUGUUUCCAUCGGUAUGGUCAAGGAAGCCGAGUUGGCCAGAAAUCUCGGACAUUUGAACCAAGUUGCCGUGGGCCGCUUAGCAAGAUGUCUCAGCUCGUACGGCUUACCCAUCAGUUUGGAAGAAAAGAAGGUUAAAGACCGCAUUGGUGAUUUGCACUGUCAUGUGGAUGAUAUCAUGGACAUCAUGAAGGUCGAUAAAAAGAACCAGGGCGAUAAGAAGCGCAUCGUCAUGCUGGCUGCGAUUGGUAAAACCUUGGAACCGCGUGCAUCGGUGAUUGCGGAUGCGGCUAUUCACAAGGUGCUGGCACCCGAACAAUUGGUGUUGCCUGUCACCGAGGCGGCCAACCCCCCGAAAAAGGAAGUCGUGCUGACCACCCCUGGAUCGAAAUCUAUUUCUAACCGUGCAUUGCUCAUUGCUGCUUUGGGUAAAGGCACCACCCGCCUCACCAACCUUUUGCAUUCGGAUGAUACACAGUACAUGUUGGCGGCACUCCAAAGUCUCGGUGCUGCGGAUUUUGAGUGGGAAAACAACGGUGAAACCUUGGUCCUUCACGGCCGAGGCGGUCAACUCAGCGUUCCUGACAAAGAGAUUUACGUUGGCAAUGCCGGUACAGCGUCUCGUUUCCUUACCUCUGUGUUGACCCUUAUUGCUUCCGCCCCAGAGGGCAAGAAAGCCGUCCUCACCGGCAACGCUCGUAUGAAGCAGCGCCCUAUUGCUCCUCUUCUCACGGCUCUCAAAGCCACGGGUGCCAUUAUCGAAUCUAUUGAAAAGGAGGGUUUCUUACCUGUGGCCGUCACUCCCAACGGUGGAUUCAAGGGCGGUCGUAUCGAAUUGGCGGCUUCCAUUUCGUCCCAAUAUGUUUCCUCGAUCUUGCUUUGCGCGCCCUAUGCCAACGAGCCUGUGGAGUUAGUCUUAACCGGGGGUCAAGUCAUUUCCCAGCCUUACAUCGACAUGACGAUUGCCAUGAUGAAAGACUUUGGCAUUGACGUCGAACGUUUGCCCAACAAUACUUACAAGGUGCAAAAGGGCGUCUACCAGAAUCCUGAGGCGUAUGCCGUUGAAUCCGACGCCAGCUCAGCUACCUAUCCUUUGGCCGUCGCUGCCAUCACCGGCCGCACAUGCACCGUCACCAAUAUCGGUACCAAAUCGUUGCAAGGUGAUGCCACCUUUGCCAUCAAUGUGUUGCGGCCUAUGGGUUGCCAGGUCGAACAAACUGAAACUUCCACCACCGUGACUGGUCCUCCCAUUGGUCAACUUCGUCCUCUUCCCAGCGUCGAUAUGGAAACCAUGACGGAUGCAUUCCUUACAGCGACCGUUUUGGCCGCUGUCACUUCCGAUCCAAAGGGUGAAAACAUUACUCGUAUUACCGGUAUUGCCAACCAGCGCGUCAAGGAAUGCAAUCGUAUUGCUGCCAUGGUCCACGAACUUACGAAAAUGGGGGUCACUGCUUCGGAAUUGCCGGAUGGUAUCCAGAUUCACGGAAAACCUAUCAAGGACAUCAAAGCCCCUGCCGAAGGUAUUUUCUGCUACGACGAUCACCGCGUCGCCAUGGCGUUCUCUGUAUUGGCUACGGUGGUUCCCAAGGGUACCAUUAUCCAAGAAAAGAAGUGUGUCGAAAAGACCUGGCCCAACUGGUGGGACGACUUGGAAGGCAAACUUGGUGUUCGCUUAAGCGGUGUUGAUCAGGGUGCUCGUUUAUCUCAGGCGGAACGUAAGCAUUUGGGUAAGAUGCGCAAGUCCAACAGUCCCAAAAUGGAUCACACCAAAUCCAUCGUUAUCAUUGGCAUGCGCGGCGUUGGUAAAACGACACUUGGACAGUAUGCUGCUGAAACUUUGGGCUUCAAGUUUGUGGAUGUCGAUCACUAUUUUGAAAAGACGCUCAACACGACGAUCCCUGAAUUCAUCAACACUUGGGGCUGGGAACAAUUCCGUGUCAAGGAAACCGAAGCUUUACAAAAGAUCUUGGCCAAGGAUUCAGAAUACGCACGUGAAUACGUCAUUUCCUGCGGUGGUGGCAUCGUUGAGACAUCCGAAUCUCGUGCGGUGUUGAAGGAACAUGUGCGUCAGGGCGGCAAGGUGCUUCAUCUGGUGCGCGAUUUGGACCAUGUGGUGAAAUAUCUCAACAAGGAUACCACUCGACCCAUGUUUGGUGAAGACAUGAUGACGAUUUGGAAGCGACGACGCACCUGGUACCGUGAAGUGUGCAAUUACGAGUUCGUGGCAUACGCCGAUUCCAUUGUUGAGGAUGGAUGGGUGACACCCACGGAAUGGCAAGCGAUCAAAAAGGAUCUUCAGCGGUUCCUUUUGUUCAUUACUGGCCGAGAUACGAAUCACGUGGAUUUGACGCCAGGUCGUGUGGGUGUUCCCACUACAUUUGUGUCGCUGACGAUGAAGGAUUUACGUACGACGGUGGACAAGCUGAGAGAAAUUUGUGAAGGAGCUGAUGCAGUAGAAUUGCGAGUGGAUCUGUUACAGCAACCAGAGGAGGAUGGAAAGGAAGUCGAAUGCCAAAUGUAUCUGGAAUACAUUGCAGAGCAAGUGGCUAUUCUUAGACGCCAUGUAUCGUUACCUAUUAUUUUCACGGUGCGCAGCAAAGGACAAGCGGGGGCUUUUGCUGACAACGACGAGCAAGGCAUGUUCGAUCUCCUUCGCUGGGGUCAACGCUGGGGUUGCGAAUACGUCGACGUGGAAGUAUGCUGGUCAUCCGCCGCCAUCGAGUCGCUCAUUCGCGAUAAGGGCAACAGCCUGAUCAUCUCAUCGUGGCACGAUGUCCCUCAACAGACACCGUGGGGUUCCAAGGAAUUGGAAAUUAAAUACCAGUUGGCGGACAAAUAUGGUGAUAUCAUCAAACUGGUUGGCGUGGCUACGAACCUGCAGCAUAACAUUGCGUUGGAAGAGUUCCGGGAAACGAAAAAAGCAGGCAAGCAUUUGAUCGCUAUCAAUAUGGGUGCCGCUGGUCAACUUUCUCGUGUCAUCAACGAAUGCCUCACCCCCAUCACUCAUCCAUCUUUACCGGCCAAGGCUGCUCCUGGUCAACUGUCCCUUGCUGAGAUUAACCAAGCACGACAUCUUCUUGGUCUCCUGGAUGCCAAGAAAUACUGGCUUAUUGGUACACCUAUUCAGCAUUCCAUGUCGCCUACCAUCCACAAUACCGGUUUCGACACCUUGGGAUUACCUCACCGCUAUAAUUUGUUGGAAUGCCACAUGGUCGAAUAUGCCGAAGAGACUCUGAAGAGUCCCAACUUUGGUGGCGCUUCCGUCACGAUUCCCCACAAGAUUGCCGUGAUGAAAUAUCUGGACGAUAUUAGCGAGAGCGUCAAGAUGAUUGGUGCUGUGAAUACCGUCUGUGUGCGAUAUGUGGACGUGAAUGGCAAGAUGGAACGACGUCUCUUUGGCGACAACACCGACUACUUGGGCAUCAAGCGUCGGGUGCAACCUUUGAUGCUGGAUCCCAGUAACCCACCGGAGCAGGGUCUUGUCAUUGGCAGUGGUGGCACCGCGCGUGCUGGCUUGUACGCACUCCACCAGAUGGGUAUCAAGGAAAUCUUCUUGUGGAACCGUACUGCAAGCAAGGCGCACGAAUUGAAGAAGGCAUUUGCAUCUCUUUGUGACAUCACGGUGAUCGAUUCCUUGGAGGCUGAUAUUGAGCCUGGCGUGAUCGUCUCCACGGUUCCUGCUGACAGCGGUAUUGAGCUUCCUGAGCAUCUGUAUGGUGGUAUCAAGGGUAUCAUUUGCGACAUGGCCUACAAACCUCGUCGUACCAAGUUGUUACAGCAAGCAGAACGUAAGGGCUGGUCGUGCGUAGAAGGUAUUGAAGUAUUGAUUGAGCAAGGAUUGGCCCAGUUUGAAAUCUGGACCGGCAAGCGCGCCCCUGCUGAUAAGAUCGAAGCUGAAGUAUUGAAGAGAUAUGAACUAUAA